AUGGGCGUUACACCCGAGGUCCGCACACCAUCGCGCCGCCGGUUCGCAAAGGCGGCUUCUGCUCCAUGUCCGCUUGAAGCCGGUGCCGCGAGCUCUUCGAUCCUGGACGCCGAGGUGACCAGCGUCGCGCCCGCUGAUUGGGUGCGGGGAGGCGGGACGGGCCCUUUGAAUCAGGCGAUCCUGGAUGUCCAAGGCAAACUCCGAGCCGAGGCCGACGCCCUGAAGCAGUGCAACCAAGCGUUCCUGGAGUCGCGAGCAGCCGUCCGGGAUUAUCAUAACCUUCACGCGGCCGCCUUCAACUCCAAAGUCCAGGAGCUGAAUCAACGGACCGUCGACUUGUCAGAAAGCCGGAAGGCUAAUGCCGCCCUGCAGCAGCAGCUGGGUGAAGCCAACACCGCCUUGCACGCCCAGGAGGUGGAGUGCAACAAGCUGGCCCAAGAGCGUGACCGGCUGACCACGCAACUGGCGGAGCAGGCGGAGCUUCUCAAGAAAGCCCAGCAGGAGGCGGAGGCGAAGGAGUCCAAUCUCCUUGCUGAGUUUGAGACCGAACGCUCCGCCGGGACCGAUAAGGAGGCAUUGCUGACUGCCGGCUUUGGCGAGAUUGAAGACAUGGUUGACGACUUCUUCCCCGGUCACUCCGGCGCUGCCAAUCAGGCCAUCGAGGCCGAUCGUGAAGGGCGGAGGACGGAAGGUGCGGUGAUCGCUGCCGACGCCCCUCGGACCCUUAGCGAACAGCUUCUCAGCAUCCAGGCCCAUCUUCGGCCGUCUCAUCGGAUGUUGCACCGUCUUCAGCGUGUCGGCGCCCAGGCGAUCGCCGCCCUGUGGCCAUACAUGCCGGCUCCACAUACACCCAGCCGGACUGCCGACUGGCUGGAGGUGGCGGCCGACCGUCUUGAGGCAUGGAAGGGCUCCUCGGCCCGGGCUAGAGCACGUCGUGCCUUGGAGUUCGUCAACGCGUGGUACCCUGGGCUAAAUCUAGCCCAGUUGGCCACGCUUCGACUAGAAGCCCAAGAGCAGCUGGUGGCGGUGGAGCGUGAUCUUGUCCAGCAGGCCGCGGCGAUCGCCGAGUACACCAACACCAGCGUCUUCGUUCCUGAGCUGGCUGAGAACGGCAUCGAGGCGCCGCAGGAGUGGUUCGGGUUGAACCCGGAGGAUGGCAAGGACUCGGCCGAAGUGAUCGACUCCAGCGACGAGGGAGAAGACGAGGAGGACAAGGAAGGUGAAGAGGAAGCGCCAGAGGUUGAAGCGGACGGCCAGCCUCAGCUCGACCGUGCCUCCAGCAACGAGCCACGCCCGAGCGAGCCGCCUGCUGCUAGAGGCGACCAAGCGGAGACCGACCAGCCAGCCGCUCCACCAACCGGCACCACCGACUCCACCGUUCCGCCAAACCCGCCUGCUGCUCCCUAG